AUGUCUAACCUUAGCAAAGACCCGGCUCCGGCCAUCGAUGUCAAUAAUCUUACUUAUAUCUUCCCUAACGGUACAACAGGUAUCUACCCAACAUCACUCAAACUUCCUCGCGGUUCACGUACUCUACUCAUUGGCGCAAAUGGUGCAGGCAAAUCUACACUCCUUCGUGUUCUGGCAGGCAAAACUCUGGCGCGACAAGGUGCCGUGCGUAUCUAUGGCCGUGACCCAUUCCGCACCCACGGCUCAGCUGCACGGUCUGAUGACGGUAUUGAUUUUGCACUAACAUACUUGGGCACUGAGUGGGCUACUAACCCAAUUGUUCGCUAUGACCUAGGUGUUGUCGAGUUACUCGAAUCCAUGGGUGGCGGCACAUCUGGAGCAUAUGCUGAUCGACGUAAGCUGCUUGUGGAUAUCCUUGACAUUGAUUUGCGCUGGCGCAUGCAUCGUGCUAGUGACGGUGAGCGUCGUAGAGUUCAACUUGCUAUGGGGUUGAUGCGUCCUUGGACUGUGUUACUGUUAGAUGAAGUUACUGUGGAUUUGGAUGUACUUGUACGUGCGCGGUUAUUAGAUUUCUUACGCACUGAAACAGAGACCCGUGAUUGUGCUGUUAUUUACGCAACCCAUAUUUUUGAUGGUCUCGGUGAAUGGCCCACCCAUGCUGUCCAUAUGCAUGCUGGUGCUAUAACUCAUUUUGGUGAAUAUGUUGUUGAGCUUGAAGAAAAGAAGGAUGGUUCUGUUUCUAAAGUUUCAGUGGCUGGUGUUGCUCUUGACCAUUUUGAGACAAACCGUAUUGUACGUCAUGGAUCAACUGGUGAAACUGAAAUUGUACCAGCAACUACAAUUACAGCAGAUGAUGUGGCUGGAGCACUUGUAAUUCCAAAGAAUAGUGUAUUGCUGGAAUUGGCACUACAAUGGCUGCGGCAUGACUUGACAGAACGUGGGGAGCGAAGUGAACAUUUGUCAUGGGCUGAAAUUCGUGAGAGGGUACUUGGACCAGAGAAGUCUUCAUGA